AGAACUCUUAUCGUUAUCAGUGCUUGCACCGAGGCUUUCGAUCCGAUGCGGUUACAUGUUACCAAAGCAUAAAAAAAAAGAGGGACGGCGUUUGGUGUAUCGUUUCGAGGCCGAGUAGUGGGAGAGAGUUUAGUUAUACCGCUCGGCCGAAGGAAGAAUUGAAGAAACCAACAAUCCCGCCAGUUCGCAUUCAACCUUCGCGUCAAACGUGUUUACACUUUGUUUUUUAUCCCUCCCCCUGUUGAUCUUCACGUUUUUCUCGCGACUGUGAUUUCCACCAUAAUUAUCUCUUCUUGCUAUCAGAUUUCAUUGAAUUUGAUAUUUUGUGAUUCCUCCAAAUACAGUGUAUUCCAUAUCAAGUGGUCCAUCGAGUGGUACACAAAGUUGUACAUCAAAUAAUACUCCAAGUGGUGCACAAAGUGUUACAUCAAAUACUACAUCAAGUGGUACAUUAAAUAGUACAAGUGGUACACAAAGUUGUACAUCAAAUAAUACAUCAAGUGGUACAACAAAUAGUACAUCAAGUGGUACACCAACUGAAACUACAGUGCAUUGUGAAUAGUUAAUUAGAACUAAAAUUGACCCCAAAUGGUAAAUGAUUAGAAAUUAAAAAUUCCAGUACAAUCAGUCAAAACUCCGUUUAAUUUAAAGACCAACAUUUUUCAUUGGUUUAAGAAGGCGAAAAUUCCGUUAAACAUAUUAAGACAGUGCCAAGGUCAACGCUCCCAAAAGUCCGAAAACAAAUCCUCAUUCCAUUUCGCUUCACUUUAUUCUGAAUCAAGAUAUUGGCGGUCUAGAAUUUCAGCGCAUCGAAGAAGAAACGAAGUAUUUACAUCUUUGCUCGAUAUACACAAGCGUUCCCUUCUUGUUUGUGUUUGAAGAAGCAAUAUGUGUAUUUGUGUCUGUUUGUGUGGUGUUCACUGAUUUAAAUAGAUUGCACACGAUGGAGACGUGUCGCGAUUUCAAAGGUAACGUGAAACGAUCAGACAACUCGCGGUGACGAUUUCGAAAAAAAAACACACACGCUCACCGGAAUCAACAAACAAGCCGGUUUUUUUUAUUUCAUUAAUAAGCCGACAAACGUCGGUCGAUUUUUGAUUGAGACUAGAAAGAAGAAGAAAAGAAUUAAUGGAUAUUUUAAAUAACGUUGAAGAUAAAUUUAUUUUAUCUGUCCCUGAAUGUAAUCAAGCGCGCCAGAUUAGUUGCAAGGCUAAUUUUAAUGUGAAAAGAAAUCAAGAUUUUCAAAAUGGCAAUAAUUGAUUCAAGUGAUUGUUGUGAUGUUGGGGAUUUUUUGAGAAAUAUUGAGCAGUUCGUGAUUUCUCUAAAUCGACGGGAAAUUAUUGUGUUUGUUGUUGAUGAGUAUUAAUCAUGUGGUCGCAUGAACAAAGACAAGAAUUCACUUUGGAUAAUUCACAACAUUCUGGAUUGUUUGAUAAUGAAAGUUCAGGUCAUCAGCGUCAUUCCACAACCAUGGACAUUUCACCUGGGCCAAGUAAUCCUCGGGCCUCGAGGAAUUUGGCGGAGAAGCAACGACGAGAUAACUUGAAUUCAAACAUCUCGACGAUGGCAUCUCUUUUGCCAAUGGUCGCAGGAAAUUCGCGAAAAACAGAUAAGAUCUCUAUUUUGAGAUUGGCUGGUGCUUAUCUCAGAUACACAUACACUCUUGGACAAGGAAAGAUUGGUUUCCUUCCUCAAAGGUUCAACGGAAUGAAUCUUGAACAGUUUAUUAUCGAUAGCAUGUGUGAUAACGGAGGAUUCUUCAUUGUAGUCACAAGUACAGGAAAAAUUGUUUAUAUCAGUCAACAUGUUGAACAACAAUUAGGACACGCUCAGGCUCAAUUGCUUGGCGAGUCGCUGUAUAAUUAUGUCUGUCCGGAGGAUCAUGAGGAGCUUACAAAGAAUUUUAGUUUCAAUGACACUCAACGAAACACGACCCCAGCGCUUGAGAGCAGCGAUCAGUUGGACGAGAGUUCCAAUUCCUCGGACGAUUUUUCAUUUAAAGAAGAGCAAAGGAGAAGUUUCAGUAUCCGUAUUGCUCAGCGAACUGUGUCUAGACGCGAGCAUAUUCAAUACGAAUGUUUUCACGUUUCCGGCAACCUCUGUCUCGCCAAUGCCUGCAGAAAUGCCGGUUUAAAUGUAAACAGAUUAAAGCAGCGAGAAAAUAAUGGCACGAGUAAUGAUAUCAUAUUUGUGGGUAUUGCUCGCAUGCUGAAAAAGAGAACAAUCACGGAACUCUCUCUAUUGGAGGCUGAUAAAGAUGAAUACGUUACUCGACAUUUGGUGGAUGGACGCAUCAUUUUUUGCGAUCACAGAAUAUCGGUGGUUGCUGGCUACAUGGCAGAGGAGGUUUCCGGUAAAAGUGCCUUUGCAUUCAUGCACAAGGACGACUUCCGGUGGACCAUGAUUGGUCUUAGACAAAUGUACAAUAAAGGGGAAGGAUUUGAGCAUUCAUGUUACAGGCUCGUUGCAAAGAAUGGGGAAUUUAUUUAUUUAAGAACACACGGAUAUCUCGAGUUUGAUAAAAAUACACAAACUGUCGAGUCGUUUGUGUGCGUCAAUACCCUAAUGUCACGAGAAGAUGGAGAGAAACUUAUGAAGGACAUGAAGAAGAGAUUUUCGGCAACGAUAAACAAAAGCAUUGAGGAUGGAAGUGAUUUAUCAUUAACCUUCGAGGAGCAUUUAGAGGAGGAGGAUGAUCGAGGAUCGAAUGCAGUGGCAGGCGUUGAAGAUCCAGCGCAACUUGAGGAUGCAAUUAUUGAUCUUAUUAGUGAUCUACCAUCGGCUGCAUUAACGAAAGAACGUCUCGCUCCCUCGCCACUUCCCGAUCCACAAUUUUACAAGGCGGCAAUAUUUUCUCAACGCUUACCACCUGCCUCCGAGCAAGUCAGUCGAAUGGGCAUUAAAAAUAUUGAACACAUUUCCCGUGGUGGCAAGGGUAAAGGCUCGAGGAGUCCCAAAGCGACGACGCCCGUCAAAAAGUCCAUUUAUCCCGAUAAAAAAAUUCCCGAAUUGGAUUGUUCAAUUCCAAGUCCAGUUUCGGAAAGUCAAGCGAAUACUCCCAUCGCUGAAAAAAAAUUGACAAUUGGGGAGAAGAUGAUUCCAGAACAAUCUUGCCACUCGAGUGACGAAAUGGUUUCGGAAUUGGACGCAGAAUUAACGAAUCCAUAUGUACGAACGUCAGUUGUUCGUGAAUUAAAGCCAUUUGAGGUAAAAUUAGAACAAGUUGUUGAUAAUAUUGGAGUACACGAUUCUUUGCUCAACGGACAACGACAGCAGCAGCAGCAAUGCUCAAGUGCGAAAGAAAAUUUGGAAAUUAAUUUAAAGAGACGCUACAGUGAGGACAUGAAUUCGAAUUCAGUUAAUGGAAAGAAUUUAUUAACGGACAUUGAAGCGUGUUCGUCGUUAAUAUUAAAUGACAAUCUCAAUGCUGGAACGUCGAGAAAAUUGCAAAUUAAUAAUUUAAAACGACGAUUGAGCGAGGACGACGAUGAUGAUAUUGAUAAGGGGGAAAAUUCAAAUGUGAAUUCAUGUAAAAGACUGCUUAAAGAUUCGUAUCCAACAAUGGAAACGAUAAAUAUUGAGCAGACGAGUUUUGAUAAUGGUUGCAGUACAACGCAACAAUUCACCUAUCUUUAUAAGAAUUCAACGGACAUUGAUGUCUCGGAAAUUAGUUUGCAGGAGGCAAGUGGUGAAUAUUCGCAAAUUGAUCCUUCAUUCGUUAUGCAAUCCUCUGAUGAACUAUUGGAUUUGCAAAGUUUUCAAGAUCUUCCUGGUGAUAUGCUCUCGAGUCCCGGUUUGGAGAGAAAUUCAGAUUGGAUGAGGAUAAUUGACAAUCUUCGACCUGUGGUUAACAUUGAAAAUAAUUUUGGUGAAUCGAGUGAAGAGCAAUUUAUCGUGAACGAUGACGUCCUCAGUGAAGAAAUUGCGAGGAGACAACUUCAACUUGUUAACGGAAUGGAAAUGUGCGAGUCACAAUUUAAUGCAAUACAACGUAAUUUAGAUAAUCCCGCUCUUCAACCGCAAAGAGACAGGUUAAUCCAGUUGCAGGCGGAUCAUAAGGUACAAAAGCAAUUACUAAAAACAUUGCAAAAGGAGCACCACAACAUACAGUCAAUUAGGUGGUAAAGUUUUUUGUGGCGAAAAUUUCCAGUAAUUAAGUUUAAUUAUGAAGUCCCAGUUGACCUGCAAAAAAAGACUAUCGAAAACGAUAGCGCGAUAAAAAAAAAGUGCUAGGAUUCCGCAUAAAGGAAGAAAAAGAAGAAGAAGAAUAAGAAGAAUCUUUCAAAGAAAGCUUCGCGGAGUAGUAACGUUGUUACUUUUGUGAGUAUCAAAGUUGUAAAAAUUAAAAAAAAAGUCAACAGCAUAAAUUAAGGAAAAACGGUGCAAUGCCCCUCAUUACGCCAUAAGUUACACUGUGUCUAGUCGAAAUAGAAAAAAACACGUUAAACAGAUCCAAAAAUUAAAUUUUUUGUUUAUGUUGACGAUGACACACACACUCACAUACAUACACAAAACAUCCUUAACAAAGGAUGAUAAAAAAAAUCCAAUACUAUGUCACAGUUGACAGUUAGAUAUUUUAACGAAAAAAAAACAACAAUCUUGUAAAUAUUAUUUCUUAUUUUUAAAAGAAAAGAGUUUGAAUUAAUAACGUGUAAUAAUAACCAAUUACAAAAAAAACGGGGAUCUCAAGUCGUUAAAUGGAUCGUGAAUGAAA